UUUUCUUCUCUCUCUUUUCCUCUCCAUAACAAAAACAAAAGACUAUGGAAAUGGUGAAAAACAAAGAAAAUCACAAUGAUCAAUACAUUUUUCGAUCAAAACUUCCUGAUAUUUACAUUCCAAAUCAUCUCCCUCUUCAUACUUAUUGCUUUGAAAAUAUCUCCCAAUUCAGUUCACGUACUUGCUUGAUCAAUAGUGCCACGGGUGCAACAUAUACCUAUGCCGAUGUUGAACUCACCUCCAAAAGAGUUGCUAUCGGACUUUACAAACUUGGAAUUCAACAAAGAGAUGUUAUCAUGCUUUUACUUCCGAAUUCGCCCGAAUUCGUGUUCGCGUUCCUCGGAGCAUCGUUCCGAGGAGCGAUAAGCACGACGGCGAAUCCGUUCUACACGCCGUCGGAGAUCACAAAGCAAGCAAAAGCAUCAAAUGUGAAGCUUAUUAUUACACAAUCUUGUUACGUUGAUAAAGUCAAGAGUUUCGCUGAGGAAAACGAGGUGAAAAUUAUGUGUACGGAUAACUCACCACCAGAAUAUGGUUGUCUUAGUUUCGCUGAGUUAAUUACUGAUCAAUCAGAAGAAGAUAAUCAUAAUUAUGAUUAUAAUACCAUUUUAUCUGAUAUAGAAAUCUUUUCUGACGAUGUCGUGGCGUUGCCUUAUUCGUCGGGCACGACGGGGUUGCCCAAAGGAGUAAUGUUAACACAUAAAGGGCUAGUAACAAGUAUAGCACAACAAGUUGAUGGUGAAAACCCUAAUCUUUAUUUCAAUAGUGAAGAUGUGAUUAUGUGUGUUUUGCCAUUGUUUCAUAUUUAUUCACUCAAUUCUGUGUUGCUUUGUGGGCUAAGAGUUGGGGCAACAAUUUUAAUAAUGCAAAAGUUUGAGAUUAAAGGAUUAAUGGAGCUAGUUGAGAAGUAUAGGGUGACAAUUGCACCAUUUGUGCCGCCUAUAGUUUUGGCCAUAGCAAAAAGUCCAUUGGUUGAUAAAUAUGAUUUGUCAAGUAUAAGGAUGAUAAUGUCAGGAGCUGCACCAAUGGGGAAAGAGCUUGAAGAUACUGUUAGAGCUAAAUUGCCGAAUGCCAUACUAGGACAGGGAUAUGGAAUGACUGAAGCAGGUCCAGUGUUAUCAAUGUGUCUAGCCUUUGCAAAACAACAGUUUGAAGUCAAGUCAGGUUCCUGUGGGACAGUUGUUCGGAAUGCUGAGAUGAAGAUCGUCGACACCAACACCGGUGCGUCGCUUCCCCGGAAUCAUGCCGGAGAAAUCUGCAUUAGAGGUGAUCAGAUUAUGAAAGGAUAUCUGAAUAAUCCAAAAGCGACAGAGGAAACAAUAGACAAAGAAGGAUGGUUACACACUGGUGACAUUGGAUACAUAGAUGAUGAUGAUCAAGUAUUUAUUGUGGAUAGAUUAAAAGAAUUAAUCAAAUACAAAGGAUAUCAAGUUGCUCCUGCUGAAUUAGAAGCUCUACUAAUUUCUAAUCCAAAUAUAACUGAUGCUGCUGUUGUACCGAUGAAAGAUGAGGUUGCAGGAGAAGUUCCUGUUGCUUUUGUAGUGAGAGCAAAUGGUAGCAACAUUUCAGAGGAAGAGAUCAAAAAAUAUAUAUCCGAACAGGUUAUAUUUUACAAGCGAAUCAAUCGAGUAUUUUUCACAGAAGCAAUCCCAAAAGCUCCAUCAGGGAAAAUACUUCGAAAAGAUUUAAGAGCCAAGCUUGCGACAGGUUUAGCUUGUUAAUUCAAAUAUGGAAAUAUUAAAUACUUAUAUAUAAUUGUUUUACUUCAUAGGAAUUUGUACAAUAUUGAAUUACGUAUGCAUGCUUAUUUGUAUAUUUAACCAAUUAUGAAAUCACUUAAUUACCCUUUUUGAUUAAUUAUCUAUGUAUUUUAUAACGGAAUUUUGAAAAGAAA